AUGCCUCCUCCCGCUCCCUUCCCUAAUAGCCCCUCGAACCCGCGUAAACCUCUCGAGAGCCAGACAAACGCGGGCAGUGAUAUGUCCGUGAUGCUUUUCGUCCAGCCAGAUUGCCCGUCCAAGUUUGCCUAUCAGGACCAGCAUCGCAUUAACGGGCUCAACGCAGAGGCAUUGGCGAGGGUCUUCCUACCUGCCCCACCCUGGAUUCUGACCCCCGAGUAUGCGCAACUUCGGUCGGACCCCGAAUGGACCGAGCAAUGGUUCUUCAUGAACGGUCGUGUUCACCCGUACACCCUGACCUGGGAGAUUGAACAGCGAGAUGGUCCAGAGGCUACCAGCCACCACUUCCCCGCUGUCCCUCCCGUUGUCGCGUUCACUGGCCCUGUUGUCGGUUCCGGCCGCACAUUACUACGAAAGGAGUCUAUUCCAGGACUCGACGGCGUCCAGUUAAAGUGCUGUGGCUUCGUCCAACUUUCUACGUUCAUUGCUCCUAGAAAGCCUGACAAGACUCCCUUCAAAGGCUUCCAUCUAUUCCAGGUCUUUGUCAUCUUCCCCAUCCACGCUAAUCCUUGGGCAGCCCUGUGCAAGAAAAUGGUCGAGAGACAGGACACCCAGUUCCAGACUAACGCGCUUUUCACUUGCACGGGCAAAGUUGUCGGCCUGCUCGACCAUAAUAUCAUGGUGCACCCGCCCGGCUUUGACCGCGACUACGUUUUUAUCGUCGUGCUAGAUACCUGGACCUUUCUCGACAGGGCCACGUCUAAGUCGGCUUCCGUAGCCCUAUCACUCUCUACCCCACCGAAGUAA